AUGCUCCAACACCAUCCACAGGCUGCAGCUGCCAACGAUCUACAGGAGGAAGGCUGGCAGAACCUCGGGAACUGCAGGGCACUGGCAAAACAGAAGAAGGAUGAAGAGGAAAAGGCUGAGCUUGAGCAGCAGCGGUUGGCAAAAGAAAAGGCGGAGGAACUUCGACAGGCAGAGGAAAAGGCUGAGGAACUUCGGCAGGCAAAGGAAAAGGCUGACCAGGAGCAGGCAAGGGCGGAGGAACUUCGUGCGGCAAAGGAAAAGGCAGAGAAACUUCGGCAGGCUCAGGAAAAGGCUGAGGUUGAGCGACAGGCAAAGGAAAAGGCGGAGGAACUUCGGCAGGCACAGGAAAAGGCUGAGGUUGAGCGACAGGCAAAGGAAAAGGCAGAGGAACUUCGGCAGGCAAAGGAACGGGCAGAGCUUGAGCGACAGGCACAGGAAAAGGCAGAGGAACUUCGACAGGCAAAGGAAAAGGCUGACCACGAGCGACUAGUGCGGGAAAGGGCGGAGGAACUUCGACAGGCACAGGAAAAGGCUGAGGUUGAGCGACAGGCAAAGGAAAGGGCGGAGGAACUUCGGCAGGCAAAGGAAAAGGCUGAGCUUGAGCGACAGGCAAAAGAAAAGGCAGAGGAACUUCGGCAAGCAAAGGAAAAGGCUGACCACGAUCGACUACUGCAGGCACAGGAUCGCAUUCCAAAGGAUCGGGAUGCACUUCUCUUGGAGAUAGAGGCACAGAAGCUCAAAAAGGAGAACCUUGAGCAGCUGCAGGCAAAAGUGGCCAGACUUCAGCAAGAGCUGGUGGAGGGGUUGGAAGAAACAGACAAAACGAUGCAGACACAGCUCGAACCCUUGAGGCCAGGUGCGACGAAGAUCGAACCCGUGACCCCCGUGGCCAACCCCAUGACACCCACAGAAAUCCUGUCUCCUUUGGAAGCAUCUAGCCAGGAUGCCCAAGAUGCCUGGCCUUCUCGGAGCCUCUUUCAGUCCCCCACGCCACCCCCUGCAGCCACCCAAGCCCCGAGAACUCCAGCCACUGCCGCGAAGUCGGCUGCUCCCCCACCUGCUCCCGCACCGCAGGCUGCAAAGGCCAAAGCCCCGGCCCCCACUCCAGGCGCCAUUACGAAAAGGGUCAUGAGAUGUAUGGAGCCAUCGAGCAAAGGAGUUUUCAAAGUGGCAAAGUGUAUUCGUGACCAGUUUAAUGCUGGUGGCACGUCGAAAGAGAAGGUCCUACGUCUCUUCGCGAAUUGCGACUACAAUUCGGACAGCACUGCAGUAGUCAUAUAA